AUGCCAGCGGUGCCCUGUGGCGGCGGAUGCCCUCGCAUGAGCUUGUCGUCGGGGUCGGCGGCCGCAGCCGCGGCGUCCGCCGCCGUCACGGCCAUCCCCUGCAAGUGCCCCUCCAGCGGGGGCAGCUCGGUGCCCGUCUGCCUGAUGGAGGUGGCGGCCUGCAUCAGCGGGUCGCCCUCGCCGCUGUCCUGCACGGACCCCUGCGACGUGGAGGAGCAGGCCGACCCCCUGGACCGGGCCACGCCUCUGGAGCUAUCCCCGCUGGGCGGCAUGGCUGCCGAGAUCGAGGGUCUGAUCGAUGAGAAGCAGCUGGACCCGGCCAGCUCGGCCGCGUCGACGGCCGAGCUGGCCGGCGAGUGCGUGCCCGAGCAGGCUCUCGAUGACUUCUUCCACACCCCGGACUCGCGCAUCGAAGAGCCCCUGGCGCAUGGCGGCCAGCCGGAUGCGCCCGCCAAUGCCGGGCCCGCUGGCGGCCUGUCGCCGGAUCUCCAAGCGGCCGAGCUGCGCAAGAUGCGCCCGGCGGAGGACCUUCGCACGCGGCGCAUGGGCCGGGCCCAGCACCCGGGCGGCUUGACCCCGGACGCCGGCCCGGUGACAUUCGGAAGUGCGGCGGCCUUUGCGGCGGCCGCCGGGCCGGGCGCCGCCGGUGCCUCUGCGCGGUCGGCCGCCAGCGCGUCCGGCUCGCCGGAUGACACGCCCGGCGGGUCGGCCUCCGCCUCGACCGUCACCCUGGCCAUGAGUGCCUCGUCGUCGCUCGGGGCGCCCGGUGCCAGCGUCGAGGCCGAGGGCCUGCCCGCUGGCCGGGGACCCGCCGCGCCGAAUGCCCCCGGGUCGGCUUCCUCUUCGUCGGUGGUCACCUUCACCGGCCCCUCGCCGGGGGCCUUCACCUUCGAAUGGGCCGGCACGCCGGCCGGCGAGAAGGGCGAUUUGGAGCGGCUCAUCCGCUCGGUGCAGCUCUCCACUCCGGUGGUCUCGCCGGUGGUCGGCGCCGGUGGGGCCUCGACGCACCCCUUGGCCGAAAGGUCCGGCAGCCGCUCGACCCCGGCCGCCGACGACUCGACCGCCGUCGGCCUCUUGACCAGCUUCCGUAGGGAGGGCGCCUCGGCCACCGCCUCCGCGAGCUCCCUCGGCAUCUACCACGCUGGCGAGCCUUCCGCCCACAUGGCCACGCCUGCCCGGCAGCAGCUGCAGCUCCAGACCACCGGCGAUCUGCCGGACUGCCUGUCCGUAGAAACCAUGGACAGGGCGGCCGCUGGGGCCACGGCUGCCGCCGCUGCCGCCGCCGCUGCUGCUGCCGCCGCCGCCGCCGCCGCCGCCGCCGCCGCCGCAGACGAGGGGACUCCCCGCGCACGCCCAGCUCCGCUCGGCGACUCGCCCGUCGCCUGCUUCUCGUCGUCGAGGGCGGUGGCCACGGCGCGCGUCGAAUCCGCGGGCCUCGGCGAGGGGUUCGCCGGCCCGGCCGGAGGAUUGGCCUGGUGCCCGAUGCGCUCGCCCGGCAUCCUCCAAGGAAAGCAUGCGCUGGACAUUUUGACCUACGGCACGCCCGGCCACCUGGCCGAGGGGACCUCGACACCGGGGAUGCUGGCGGCCGCUGUCGCGGAUGGCCAGACCCCGCCUGGCGGGAUGGGCCUCCCGCGCGCCUGCGCGACCAGCCCCACGCCGGAAUCCAGCCAGGCGCUGCUGGCCUCGGCAUCGGCUGACAGUGAUUCCGGCUCGCCAGGUAGCAACAUCUGGACUCUGACCCUGAGCGAGGACCUGCCCGCUGAUGCCGACGGCACCGAAUAUGUCCGGGCCCCGGGCGGGCGCUGGUGCCCGGCGGCCGACGCCGCCACCCAGAAGGGCGAUGCCUCGCCGGAGGAGCGCCCCGUCGGGCUCUAUGGCGGUCGGCACAUCACCCAGAUCAUGUCGGAGCUGAUCCACAGCUGCCCGCUGCCGGCUCACACCAGUCUGACUUGCCCGUCGCCGGUGGGCCCGCGCCCCGGCGACUCGGCUGAUGCCGCUCGCCCUUUCGGCGGGGACAUCCUGCUGCCUGGCGAAAGCGGCGCCACAGCCACCGACAGCGCCCUGGGGUAUGAGCAGCCGAGGCCGCCGCACCGGACCGGGGGCUUCCCCCCGGGGGCCAGUGCACCGGCCACCGGCAUCUGCACAGCACUUGCUGCCCCCCCGGCGGAGGGGUCAUGGGCCGAUGCCGUGGCAGCCAGCUCGGCCGCCUCGUCACCCUUCCUGGCAUACCCCCACUCGACGAACCUGCCACCGCUGCCGGGGGUGGCUGCGGCUGCCGCCGCUGCCGCCGCCGCCGCCGCCGCCGCCGCCAUUUCGGCUACUGCUUCAUCUAUCGCUGCACCUGGCGCCACUGUCGCAGCAUCCUCCUGCUCUCCCUCCCUGGCUGGGGGCAGCACCGCUGCCGGCAGUGGGGCCGGGCUCAAUUGGAGCCUCUCACAGACGCUGAUCGGCGGGGGGCGCAUGUCGCCGAUGCGCAGUGGGCCUUCCUGGUCGCCGGAGCCCUUCGCCGCCCAGACGGCUGGCCGCACGGUGUCGGCCACAGGGGCCCAUGCCGCGGCCACGCUGCCUCCCGUCGCGGGGUCAUCCUGGCGCCGGUCGCCCCAAAGCUCGACCGGCGGCUUCGCCGGCGUCGGGGGAACCGCUGCCUCCUCCUCGCCCACGCCGGGGGCUCUGCCCGAGGACAUGGCCAACGAGGCCGCAACCAUGGCCCUGGCAUCCGACACGCUGCCCACCCACGCCACUGGCCCUGGGGCCAAUUCCUCCACCCGGCUGCUGGCCAUCCGCCGAUACAACUCCAUGGCCAGCAUGACCGACCGCCGCGCGUUGCACCUCCUGCCACAUGGCGGCUCGGCCAGCCCCGGCGGCCACCAGCAGGAUGCUGACGAGCACGAUGGCCGGGAUGAUCGCCAUGUCGACCUGGACACCGAUGGCCUCGGGUCGGCCACUUCCCCCCACGGCAGCAGCCAAUCUCUGGACACGCUGAACAUCCGCCUGUCGCAUAGUCCCAGCCCCAGCCCCGGCCUGGGGCCAGCCCCGGCGGCCGCCCCGGCCGGCGACCCUGCGCCACAGCGCCUCCGGGCCGCCAGCAGCCAGGAAACCAUCGAGCUGGCCUUGACCGCCUCUUCCUCUUCCUCGGAGAACGACCUGCCGGCGGCCGAGGGGUCGGCGCUGGCGGCACCAGCCCCGGGGGCGGGGCACCGCGCCACCGGCGAGGGGGCCGAAGUGACGGCCGAGGCGUCGACGCCGGCCGCUCGGCGUCGCGUUUUCCGGCCACCCAGCCCGCCGGUCCCGGCGGCCAUGCGCAAGGCCUCGGGCCUGGCAGGCCCCACGGCGACCCCGGUGCCGGGGUCGGUCACGGUCGUGACACAGCCAUCCAGCGGUCAGCGCAUCCUGCAGGUGGUCUUGCCUGCUGGCAGCAGUGGCGGCGGCGGCGGCGGCGGCGGUGGUGGUGGUGGUGCUGGGCCUGGCAACGGCGGUCCGGGCGCCGGGCCACGCGAAAUCGCGGUCCAGGCGACCCCGAGCGGCGUUCGCCCGGGCGGCAAGACGUCCGUCGAUGCCGCACCCGCGGUCCCCACCACGGCCGCGGCUCUGGCUGUCGGCGGCCACCCCCCGCCGAUGGUGUUGCAUCCGCAAGCAGCCGCCACCGCCGGCUUCCCGCCGGGCAUCCAAUUCAUCCCGGUGCUGAACUCGUCCAUGGGCCUGCACCUGGCCGCCGGCCCAGGCGCCCCGGCGGCCUACUACCACACGGACCCCAUGGUGCUGGCCGCUGGAGGGGCCUUCCUCGGGGCGGCCUACUUCCCGCCGGCGGUGGCGGGCCCUGCCGCCGGCGUCAUGCCCCCGGGCAUGGCCCCCAGUUCGCUGGCUAUGCCGGCGGCUACUUUGGCCGCAACUUCCGGACUUGAUGCCGGCCUGCGCAAGGGCAAUGGACCCUUCCGACAGUCGGCAGCCGGCGCCUCGGGCCCGGGGUUCCCGGUUCCGCCGUCAAGCGCCAAUCCGGCGCCGCCCAACAGCAGCGGCCAAGCGCCCUCGCAUCCGGGGAAAAUCUUCGUCGGCGGGCUGAGCUGGGAUACAAGCAAGGACGAUCUGCACUGCUACUUCUCACGCUUCGGGGAGCUCAUCGACAGUGUGGUCAUGAAGGACCCCGAGUCCCAGCGGUCGCGUGGCUUUGGCUUUGUCACUUUCCGCGAGGAGGCCGAUGCGCACGUCAUGCUGUCCCACGGGCCGCACAUUAUCAAUGGCAAGGAGGUCGACCCGAAGCUGGCCAUCCCGAAGGAGUACACCCCGCCGACGGUCACGAACCUCGGAGUGCGCAAGAUCUUCGUCGGCGGCUUGGGAAGUCGCACGACGGAUGCCAGCCUGCGUCGCCACUUCGAGCAAUUCGGCCCAGUCGAGCAGGCGGUCCUAAUGUAUGACCGAGCCACCGGCCGGCCUCGUGGCUUCGGCUUCGUGGUUUUCGUCGAUGAGGAGGCCGCCGAGCGGGCCUGCGCCCGUUCCUUCCAGGACAUCGACGGGAAGAAGGGCAUCGAGAUUAAGAAGGCCGAGCCCAAGAACGUCAGCCGGAACUCGAGCCGCCCCUCCGACAUGUAA